GGCUGCACAUGUUGAAUUUACCAUAGAAUUUGUUUAAAUUUAUAAACUAAACCAUGUCAGCGCGACCAGAAAUAGCCAAAGAUGCAGUGCUGAAGCGUAGCGAGCGCAUUCCUGAGGGCACGCCCCAGGUGCACGGCUACGACUUCAACCAGGGCGUGGAUUACAGCAAACUCUUCGAGUCGUAUGUAAACACCGGAUUUCAGGCCACAAAUCUCGGCCUGGCCAUGCAAGAAAUCAACAAAAUGCUGGAUUGCAGGGCACAACCGCUGGAAGCAGACCAGGAGGACCUCCAUGAAACGGACGACUUCAUUCGGCGGCGAAGCAAGUGCACCAUCUUCCUGGGCUACACCUCGAACCUGGUGUCGUCAGGCAUGCGAGAGACGAUACGUUUCCUUGCCGAGCAUCGCAUGAUCGACUGCAUUGUGACCACCGCUGGCGGUGUGGAGGAGGAUUUCAUCAAAUGCCUUGCACCCACAUUCAUGGGCUCCUUUGAGCUCAACGGACGUGAGCUGCGCGACCGGGGAAUCAACCGGAUUGGCAAUCUGCUCGUGCCCAAUGACAAUUACUGCAAAUUUGAGGACUGGCUGAUGCCGCUGCUCGAUGAAAUGCUGGAGGAGCAGCGCGGCAAGGGCACGGUCUGGUCUCCGUCUCGCAUCAUCAAUCGAUUGGGCGAACGGAUUGCGGACCCCAGCUCGAUCUACUACUGGACAGCCAAGAAUCACAUACCCGUCUUCUGUCCAGCGCUCACAGACGGCAGCCUGGGCGACAUGAUGUACUUCCACUCGUUCCGGCAGCCUGGCCUCGUCGUGGACAUUCUCUCCGAUCUGCGACGCCUCAACACGAUGGCCGUGAAGGCCGUCAACAGCGGCAUGAUCAUUGUGGGCGGUGGCGUGAUCAAGCAUCACAUUUGCAAUGCCAAUUUGAUGCGCAAUGGCGCGGACUACUCGGUGUUCAUUAACACCGCCUCGGAGUUUGAUGGCAGCGACAGUGGCGCACGACCCGACGAGGCCAUAUCCUGGGGCAAGAUACGCAAAGAGGCGACGCCAGUGAAAGUCUACGCCGAAGCCAGUUUGGUGUUUCCCCUCAUAGUGGCUGAGACCUUUGCCAAACGGCAUUUUUCCAAGAAGAAUGUACACAUUUCCCCAGUGUAAAUAUAAACGACAAAGUACAGGA